UUUAUGUUGGCCACCAACAUACACUUAUCAGGCAAUAACUAUGCCAAAAUUGAACUGUUGUUCAAGUUUUUGAACAUGGGUAUGGUCGAUCGAUCAACGUUCUUUGCCAUACAAAACAACUACUGUGUUGACAGUAUUACAGAGUUCUGGAAUGAGAAAAAGAUCUGCCAUAAUUGGCCAGCUACGUUCAAAAGGGCCAGUUGUUGUCCUGGGUGAUGGCCGCAUGGACAGUCCGGGAUUUUGCGCACAGUACUGUACGUACACGGCAAUGGACAAUGACUCCAAAAAAAUAAUGUCAAUUGUCAACCUGGACAAAAGGGAGACAAAUAGAAAUUCUGUUGCCAUGGAGAAGGAGGGCUUCAUUCGCACCAUAGAUGAUCUACGUAAAGAUGUGGAAGUUCAGGAAGUGUGCACAGAUGGCCACCUAGGGAUAAAGGCCCUGUUCAGCAAAGGGAUGUACAAAGACAUCGGGGUGGUGCACUGUCUGGACAUCUGGCAUGGUUCCAAAAACCUGAGUAAAAAAUUUGUAGCGGCAGGGCAGCAGAAGUCAUGUUCAAUCUUGCUCCAGUGGGACCGAGACAUUUGCAAUCACUUUUGGUAUUGCUGUAAGAUUGCGGGCACUUACUACGAGUUCUUUGAUAUGUGGGUUGGACUGUUGCACCACGUCACGGGUGAACACGAAUGGGCCCUCGGUGCUUGUCGUCAUUGUCCUCUGGUGGACAGCCGUGAAAAGGACUGGAUUGUCAAGAAUUCGCCUGCACAACAGAAACUGCGGGAAAUCAUUAUGGACAUCCGCUGGCUGAAAAACUUUUCACCCUCAGGUCAGCAGCAGAAUUGGAGUCAUUCCACAACCACAUACUCAUGUACGCUAGCAAGCGCCACAGCUUCUCACCACAAGGGUAUAAAGCUCGGACAUUGUUGGCUGGCCUGGAUUAUAAUCACCAUCUUCACAGACCGGCCAAGAGAAGACAAGACGGCUCAAUACAGUUUGGAAAGAACUACAGUAAGAGGUCGAGGACGUGGCGGCUGUGCACACUUAAAGUGGACAAGGACUUCAGCUACAUUCCGCAACUGCAGAGCAUCAUCCUGCAGCGAAGGCUGACUGCUCCGGGGGGGUUGGCACGGUCCAGACCCUCAAGACCAGAAGAUCCACGCAGGCUGGGAGUCCUAUCUGGUAUCCCUGCCCCAAGUGUUGAGGAACUCUUGCAGAAGCAAGUCAGCAGAGGCUUAGGUUAGUUUCUUCAAUGGCAUUGAAGUUUGGAAUAGUAGCUGUGUAUUUGACAUUCACUUUUUCUCUAUGCCGAUAUCAGUUCACUUUACUACUUACUGUAAAUUUCAGCAGAUAUGGGAAAGUGACAAGACAUGUAUUUCUUUGUAAGAAAAUAGUCAUGGUCUAAUUAUUGGAAUUUGGUGUUUUCUGUGUUUACAGCACAGUCCCCGCUAGAUCAGAGCUAGCCUGGAGCCAUCCUCAAAAAAUUGAACAAUAAAAAAAUCUGAUUACUCCCCCAA